AUCUGUAUUACGACCCAAUAGUUUCAACCUUUCUUAUAAAUAUUGGAGAAUCGUCUCUCAUGCGUCUCUUUGUACUCGACGAUCCAAAUUACAGAGCCCACACCUCCCUCGAAACAUCCGAAAUUCAAGAGACAGAUCAAAAUAUGAUUUCAAGGGGCACAGCGUCUGGUUUCCCAAAUCUCUCUCAAGACCUGCACAACAUGUUUCCUCCUGCGGCUGGUGAUAAUCUGGUUUCGCCUUCUGUUGAAUCAGCUCCUUCUCAAUCAAUCUCGCUCGUCUUCAAUCUCUCCGCCCUCAAAGACAAGCUUACGCAGGUUCAGACCCUCGCGGGUAUUCUUAUCUCCUCGGAUCCGACCCUACCAGACUCGACCUGUACAACCUUAGCCAGUAUGAAUUCUAUAAUCCAGGAGUUCAUAGUCACCGCCUCUUCCAUGAUGCUCACGUGCCAACACAUGGUCCUUAACUUCUCUCCACCACCAGGUAUUCAUUGCACUGAAUCCACCUUUGGCAAUUAUACAGGUGUGCAUAGUAAUAAUUCAAAUACCAUAGCCGAACACAGAGAGCAAAGUAAUUUUUCUGGUCUUGAUCAAACCUUGGACUGGCUCGGUGGUGAAAGCUAUGAUAAUAACAAUGAUUGUGCUAAUAAUCUUAAGGAUGAUGAUCAUCCGAGCGUUGGAAUAAGUGCGACAAAGCGAGAAGUAUUUCAAGGGGAUGAAAACAAUAAUGAAGGAAAGGGCGACGACAUAAUUGAAUUGGAUGCUGCAGAUUUGCUGGCCAAGUACACACAUUACUGUCAAAUUUGUGGGAAAGGGUUUAAGCGAGAUGCGAAUUUGAGGAUGCAUAUGAGAGCUCAUGGAGACGAGUACAAGACGAGUGCUGCCUUGAGCAACCCGAUGAAGAAUAGAGGCAAGGAAUGUUCGAUGAGCACGUAUAGGCCUAAGAAAUAUUCAUGUCCACAGGAAGGAUGUAGGUGGAACCAGAAGCAUGCCAAGUUUCAACCUUUGAAGUCAAUGAUAUGUGUGAAGAAUCACUACAAGAGAAGCCAUUGUCCAAAGAUGUACGUGUGCAAAAGGUGCAACUUGAAGCAGUUCUCGGUGCUGUCAGAUCUGAGAACACACGAGAAGCACUGCGGGGAUCUCAAGUGGCAGUGCUCGUGUGGUAAUACGUUUUCAAGGAAAGACAAGCUCAUGGGCCAUGUUGCUUUGUUCGUUGGGCACGCUCCAGCUGUCAGCGCCUUGUCGUAUUCAGGAAAUUUGUUAGAGCAGAAGGCUUUGCAACUGCAGGCAGAUGGUAGUUCAAGAUGAAGCGUUUGAUGAUUGAUCUUGAAGGUCUUCUUCUCCAAGCUUCGCCGUUCUAUAUACUCAGUGUGUGCGAUAAAUAAAAUCUACUGCAUUUUAUAUAGUUAAUUAACCGUGUGCAGUUAUAUUUAUGAAAGCUCAGAUAUUGUCUUGUAAUCUGAUGGCUUUUAAUUUACCUAAUUGUGAGUCGUGACACAGGAUAGAAGAAAAUGUGAACUUUAUAGCAUCAUAUAAAGUUAAUAUAUAUUUUUUUCAAGUUAA